CACAAUUUUUAUCCGCUUACUUUAUCUAAGACUAGUGUUUGAUGCUUUCUUGACUAAUUUCACUGUUCGACUCGUCUCUAUUACAGCGAUUUUUCGCUUUUCUUAGUUGUUUCCUCCAUUUAACCUAUGCUUAUUAGUUAUGCGUACAACUAUAUUUACACAUCACAACCGUUCAUGUAUAGUAGAUUCGCUAAUGGAGAACUUUAGUUGUAGUCAAUACCGUUAUGUAAAACUUAGAACUAUUUUCAUAGUAUUCAACUUAUGGAGCAACAAAUAAAUUCAGAUGGAGGGGGAAAUGGAAAUCACAUGACAGUUGUGCAGGCUAUUCCAUCAUCUAAUAAUCAAGUACAAGUUGUACAAGCUGGUCAAGUAAUACAAAGUACGAAUGGACAGCAAAUUGUUGUACACGCAGUUCCUCAAAAUGCAGGGCAAUCGGUACACAUAGGCUCACAAGGAAACCAACAACUGCAAUUACUACAAUUACCUGUACAAAAUGCAAAUACCAGUCCACUUGUAAUCCAACAACAGACUCAAGCACAACUCAUUCAAACGCCAGAUGGACAAACUUUUAUAUAUCAACCAGUAGUUGAUAAUACUCAAGCUCUUACUCAAACUCAGCCACAACCAACUCUUAUUAAUAUUAAUGGAAAUAUUAUACAAUUGGCAAGUGCACCAAAUACUUCACCAACAGUUACUCCAACUGCAUCUGCUGUUACUCAAAGUCAACAAAAUAUUGUUAUGAUGGUUCCAAAUAAUACUAAUACUAGUAAUAAUCAAUUCCAACGAUUACCAACUACUGCAGAAUUUCUAGAAGAAGAACCUUUGUAUGUUAAUGCUAAACAAUAUAAAAGAAUAUUAAAAAGGAGACAUGCUAGAGCAAAAUUAGAAGCUGAAGGAAAAAUUCCAAAAACAAGACAAAAAUAUUUAUAUGAAUCACGUCAUAAACAUGCUAUGAAUAGAAUUCGUGGAGAAGGUGGACGAUUUCAUUCUGGUUCUUUGAAAAGAAUGAAUGUUACAAGUAAUAAGAGUUUACAAAAUGAAGACUGCAACAUUCAAAUGGACAAUCAUAGUUACCAUGUGACUAUUAAAAGACAAAUUGAAGAAGACCAACAAAAUUUACAAAGUCAUAAUGGUUUAGUUUAUAGUAUAAGUGGUUAAAAAAAAACUACUAUGUAAUAUACUGAAACAUUGAAAAAUUAUUAUUAUUAUUACUAUUUUUUUUUGUUAAGUAAUGUUUAAAUUAGUUUUUUAUUUAAAUUAAUGAUUAAAUUUGAAUAUGAAUAUAUGUAUAAUAAAAUAAAAUGUAAUCAUUUAUUUUCUAGAAAUUAAGUUUUAUUCCAAUAAGGUAUAUUGAAAAUCAAUUGUAUGUAUUAAAAUGCGUCUAUUUAUUUUA